CAGGAUCAUCCAUAAAGAUGGUUUCACCUAUGAGGAACGCAUGGAGUUCAGACCUAUUGUUUACAGUAAUGCAGUGCAGUCUAUCCUGGCUAUUGUGAAAGCAAUGACUAAGUUAGGAAUCAGUUACGAAAAUCCUGCUAGAACUGAAGACGAGAGGAAGCUGUGUGCCAUGGCAACAACCCUGGAGGAUGGCAGCAUGUCUUCUGAACUGGUUGAGCUCAUCAAACAACUGUGGCGUGACGGCGGGACCCAGGCCUGCUUCGCCAGGGCGGCCGAGUACCAGCUCAGCGACUCGGCAGCCUAUUACCUCGAUGAUUUGGACAGGUUGGCAAUGCCAGACUAUGUCCCUACUGAGCAAGAUGUCCUGCACUCCCGAGUGCAGACCACUGGGAUUAUAGAGACUCAGUUUUCUUUCAAGGAUUUAAACUUCAGGAUGUUUGAUGUGGGUGGACAACGAUCAGAGAGGAAAAAGUGGAUUCACUGCUUUGAAGGAGUUACUUGCAUCAUAUUCUGUGCUGCACUCAGUGCCUAUGACAUGGUUCUGGUGGAAGAUAAAGAAGUGAACAGAAUGCAUGAAAGCCUUCAUCUGUUCAACAGCAUCUGCAACCAUAAGUGCUUUGCAGCCACUUCCAUUGUGCUGUUCCUAAACAAAAAAGACCUCUUUCAAGAGAAAAUAACAAAAGUUCACCUGAAUAUCUGCUUUCCUGAGUAUAACGGACAAAACACAUUUGAAGAUGCUGCAAAUUACAUCAAGAAGCAAUUUCUAGACUUGAACAUAAGGAAACAAGAUAAAGAGAUAUAUUGUCACUUGACCUGUGCCACAGACACCCAGAAUGUCAAAUUUGUUUUUGAUGCGGUCACAGACAUAAUAAUCAAAGAAAAUCUGAAAGACUGUGGGCUUUUCUAACCAUUAAUUCCCUUGCUCAGAGCUUCACUCCACUUUCCUCUCUUCAUCUGAUGUGCUGGCUGAAAUAAAAAAGCCCCUCUAGGUAAGAAUCAAUAUCAGUUAGGCACCCAUUAACAUCAUUACCAUUGGCUGUACCAUUAGUUGGGUACAGCCUAAGCAUUGCAGAACAACACAGACCUUCCAGAUACAAGAAGAUUAAAAAAAUUGUUCCUGCUCUACAAAGAUGACAGCUGCUGAUAAAUCCUGUUGGAAUCAAAGUUGCAUUCCUACUUAAAUCAAUAUCAUAGACUCAUAGAAUUCUUUGGUUUGGAAGAGACCCUAAAGAACAUCUAGUUCUAUCCCUGAUGUGAUAGGCAGCAAAAUCUUCCACUAGAGCAGGCAAUCACCACUUCUCAGGAAACUGGGACACCUCAGUAUCCUGAGUCUUCUAGUGAUAGGAUGAAAAAAGUUAAUAUAUAACAGACAACUGACUUAUUUGUAAUUGAAGCCUAAAGAAAACUAUACCUUUACACAGUAUCAAUACAUAAUUUACAAUCUGUUUUGUAUUUAUGUUACACAAACAACUGAAAGUGACAAGUCAUUUAUUCAACAAAAGCCAACCUCCCCAUAGUUAGAUGGUGGAUGAUGAAGAGCAGUGCAAAUCUGAAUGUUUAAUUAUACUGUUUUGUUAGGAGAGCUAAGGGACAUAUGCAUAAAAACUGCACACAUACAAAAUUGACAAAAUUCCCAGUUUGAGAAAAAUUAAACACAGUAAGAUGGAGGCAAGUUUUGUAAGUCCCUAAGGAGAAAAAAAAA